AUGAAACAUUUCCACUCCAAGAUUUGUUCUCUUCGAACUGGUGGUCGUCAGCCACCAGCAGCACAAUCGCUCCUCCAAACCUUGAAGAAUCACGAUCAUUCAUCAUGGACAACAACAACCAGAAGAGGAGACAAUUCCUCCCAGCAACAACAUGGAUCGAUCAUGAUGAUCAAUGGAUCCUCAUUAUUGACUCAUUCUCUCCUCAUGAACGAUCAUCAUCAUUCCUUUCAUCACGAUCCAAUGACUCUUCAAUGUCGUUUCUUUUCCACAAGUCAAUCCUCCUGUUCAUCCUCUUGGAAAGAUCAGAAAGAAACAAUCUUCCGAGAUGAGAAUUUUGAUCAUCAUCACCACCACCACGAUUCUCAAAAGAUUCAUUUAGGAAGAAAAACACUCGCAUUGUCACUCGUUGGCAUUGGUGUUGGAAUUUGUGCGUUUGUUGUGAUGAAUGAUGAUGAUCAAGAUGGACGUCAUUCCUCGUUAUUGUCUGUUCAGGAUUCAGCUGCAACCACUCUCACACCUCGUACCAGUCAUGGGAUUGUGAAUGAACAUCAUGGGAGUGGAAAGAAGAAGUUGGUGGUGUUAGGCAGUGGAUGGGGAAGUGUAUCCUUGAUUAGUGACAUUGACCUUAAUCUUUACGACGUCUAUGUCGUUUCUCCUCGGAAUUACUUUUUAUUCACACCCAUGCUACCUUCCGCAUUGGUCGGCACUGUUUCCUUGCAAUCGAUUAUUGAACCCAUUCGUCGCGUGUUGGAACGAAAACGUAAAAAACAACUCAAUGCCAAUGGAAUGAUUGAAUAUUACGAAGCAGAAUGUUAUGAUGUCGAUCCCGUGUCACAAACUGUCAAAUGUAAAGACAUGUCCAAUUUUGUUGUCGAACAUGCUCAUCAUGGAGCCAAUGAAUUUGAAUUGAAAUAUGACAAAUUAGUGAUUGCUGUGGGAGCUCAACCCAAUAGUUUUGGAGUGAAGGGAGUUGAAGAAUUUUCUGUUCCAAUGAAACAACCUGAACAUGCUCAAGUAUUGAGAGAACGAUUGUUGGAUGCAUUGGAAUCUGCUUGUUUACCUCAUUUGACAGAAGAGGAGAGAAGAAAUGCAUUGAAGAUUGUUGUGGUGGGAGGAGGACCAACAGGAAUUGAAACAGCUGGUUAUUUGGUGGAUUUCAUCAAACAAGACGUGAACAAAUUAUUUCCCAAAGAUAUUGUAGACAAGAUUCAGAUUGUCAUGAUUCACAGUUCUGAUCACAUUCUCAACAUGUAUGAUACCAAAAUUGUUGAAUUAGCUGAAAAACAAUUCAAGCUUAAUCAUGUGGAUGUGAGAACGAAUGCACGAGUCAUUGAAGUGAGAGAAAAGGAUUUACUUGUUGCCAAUAAGGUUGAUGAAAUAACAAAAUCAGAACCUUAUUCACUUCCUUUUAGUGUUUGUAUUUGGACUACUGGUGUUUCACAAGUGCCACUUGUCAAAACCAUUGUUGACAAAUUUCCAGCUCAAAAGAAUGAAAAGUCACUUGUCAUUGAUGGAUACCUGCAAGUGAUUGGUUUGAAAAAUGUCUAUGCCAUCGGUGAUUGCAGCAAAAUUCAACAACCUCAACUCAUCAAGAAAUAUGAAUCCUUCUACGAAGAAGCAGACACUAAUCAUGAUGGAAUUUUAACCUUCGAAGAAUUAGAAGCUCUCAUCAAAAAGAAAGAAAAAGAAUAUCCACAUUUUGUGAUUAUUAAUCAAAAAUUGAAAAAUCUUUUUGAAAAGGCAGACAUCAAUCACGAUGGAGUGUUAAGUAAGGAAGAAUUUAAAGCAUUAUUGGAACAUAUUGAUAAUGAAUAUUAUUCUCCAUUGCCUUUGACUGCUCAAGUGGCAUCACGUCAAGGCAAAUAUUUGGCUGAUUGCUUAAAUCAAAUCGAGGAAAAAAAAGAAGACAACAACACAACACUUCCACCAUUCAUGUACAAACAUUUGGGAUAUUUUGCAUAUAUUGGAAGUAAUCACGCUGUGGCAGAUUUAGGUGCUAUGAAAAUGGGUGGUUUCACCACUUGGUGGCUUUAUAGAGCUGCUUAUUUCUCAAAACAAGUUUCUUGGAAGAAUCGAUAUUGUUUGGCUUCAGAUUGGAUUCGAACAACACUUUUUGGAAGAGAUGUCAGUCGAUUUUAA